AUGAAUAUAUUAGACCGUGACUACGAGUGGACAAAGAAAACUGUAUGCAAAGCAAUUUUUAGUACUAAAACAAUACUAUCUCUCAUUAUAGGUAUUACUAUAGGAGUUAUAGGAGUUCAAGGAUGGUUAGGCUUUGCCAUCUUCUUUGGGACAACCGGUCUUAUAAGUGUGUUAUUUGUUUUGUACUAUCAUUUGGACGAAUUGGAGCGAGAAGUCACUUAUGGAGAUGCUUUCAAUGAAGGACUUGGAGCUGCUCUCUCGGCAUUCUUACUGAUGUGGAUCGUCACAUUCACUUUCGUUCAUUCAUAA